UGGUUUUGGUGAGUCGAAUGAGAAGACCUUAACAUAAUAAUAAUAAUGAUAAUCUAGUGCUGGUAGUGGAUUGUUGAUUUGGGUGUGGUUGUGAAAUUAGAUAGAAGCAGAAGCAGAAAUUGUGAGUGAUGAUGGCAUCAACAACUCCAACAUCCACACCACUUUCUCUUUCUUCCUCCGCCCUCCUUAAUGCCAAAGCUCCUUCUCGUCUCCAACCCACACCUGUUUCUCCCCCUCCUGCUCCACCUUCUCACUCCUACACCUACCUUUCCAAGACCAAUGCCUAUUGUCGAAAGAUCGCCCGCAAUGUUGUCUCCAUGGCUACAGGAGAGGCCCCAGCUGAGGUUGUUGCCACCGCUGAGACUCCAGAAAUAAUUAAAACAAUUCAAGAAGCUUGGGAGAAAGUUGAAGACAAAUACGCGGUUACCUCUCUGGCGGUGGCUGGAGGAGUUGCAGUGUGGGCCUCAGCCGGAAUGAUCUCGGCCAUUGACAGGCUUCCCUUGGUACCUGGAGUUAUGGAGAUUGUAGGAAUUGGAUAUACUGGGUGGUUCGCGUACAGAAACCUGGUUUUUAAACCAGACAGGGAAGCAUUGAUUCAGAAAAUCAAGAGUACAUACAAUGAUAUAAUUGGGAGCAGUUAGAGUAAUUAAAUUUGGUGCAAGGGGCCCGGAGACGACACUCGUCAAGACAAUUAUGUAACACUACAUACGUACAUUUUAGCAUUUCAGGUGGACAAAUGCAAAUUGUACCUUUUUUAGUCUACUUGUGUCUAACUAAGCUAUGCGUUGAAUGAAGACAUGUCUAUUUUGUACAAUAUUAAUGUAGAGUUGAUAUAAAUAAAUGUAUGUAUGUAUGUAUGUA